CCGAACAAAAGCUGGGAACCAUGUUCUGAGAGGUAGGUAGUUCCUACUCUCGCCUUGCGGUAGUUCGGGCUUGUUGAAAGCGACGAAGCUAUUGUAGAUCGAAUGGUUUCGUGCCUGACACGCCGGGUUCUCUGACGAUUCUACGAAGCAAACAUUCUGCCAAGACAGUUUAGGACUAGCAAACAUUAUGUAAUUUCAGGCCAGGGUCUCGAAACCCCUACCUUACUUGUCGAGCCUUCGACACGAUUCGUAGCUUCUGAGCAGGCUCUUGGGCGAGCAUUCACGAUCUUUAACGAUUCCGCGAAAUGAGGAGGGGCGGUGCGCGGGCUGAUAUGAGUAGAGGGAUAGUGAUCGUUACUCCUGGACUCGACGCUGUAUUCAAGGCAGCCAGGGCAUCAGGGACUCUCAACCUUUCGGGAAACGAUCUCAAGGAAGUGCCUCCCGAGGUGUACUCGCUGCUGGAUGACGUCCCCCAAACCGAGAAAUGGUGGGAGUCCGUGGAGCUGCAGAAAGUGCUUCUCUCGCAGAACAGCCUCACCCAGGUCUCGGAGGAGAUCGGCCGCCUGCCGUGCCUCACGUGGAUCGACGUCAGCUACAACGCGCUGGCUCGCCUGCCCGCUGCCAUUGGCAAGCUGGUGGAGCUCAAGAGCCUGCUGGCGAGCCAUAACAAGCUGGAAGCUCUGCCCGAGGAGAUAGGCGGUGCAACGAACCUGGUCAAGCUGGACGUGUCUCACAACGCGCUGGAGAGCCUCCCUCUGGGACUUGCCUCAUGCACGCUGCUCGCCCACCUCGAGGCCAGCGCCAACCGCAUUGUCUCUCUGCCGGCCUCCUUGGCUGCCUGCACGGCGCUCUCUCACCUCAACCUUGAGAACAACCUGCUGCAGAGCAUCCCUUCGCCUCUGUUCUCCUCUCUCCGCAACCUCAGGCAUCUCGACCUGGGUAGUACAUCCAUCCAUUCAUCCAUCCGUCGCAACCAGCUGCAGUCUCUCCCAGACGACAUUGGCAGCCUCUCAUCCCUCAUCCACCUCAAUGCCUUCCAGAACUGCCUUGUGUCCAUUCCAUCCACCAUCAGUGGCUGCACCUCCCUUCUUGAGCUGCACUUGGGUCGCAAUAAGCUGAAGCAGCUGCCGAGCGAGAUUGGCCAUCUCCCUUCGCUCGUCACUCUCUCGGUUCCCUCCAACAAGCUCGAGGACCUUCCCCCUUCUAUUCGCCGUCUCAAGAUCCAAGCGCUUGAUGUCUCUGACAAUGAUCUGCCCACCCUUCCCGCCUGGCUUGGCUGCAUGGCAUCCCUGCAGAGGGUCGCAGCAGCGGGCAACCCUAUCAGGACCAUUCGAAGCACGCUCAUCAACGGCCCUGCCAAGAACCUUCUUGACUACCUUCGCUCUCGCAUGCCAGCCACUUCCCCUGCUGACGAUGAUUCAGACACUGCAAGCGCUGCUGCUGCUGCUACACCACGUGAGCCGAUUCAAGAGCCGCCUGCUGCUGCUGCUGCUGCUUUACCUGCUGCACAGGCUGUGCCUGCUGCCCCUGCUGCAGAGGCUGCAAGGGUGCCACAGAAAUCGCAAUUGGGGCAAAGCGAAGAGAUGAGGGGUGGAGGGAUGGGCGGAGAGGAGGGAGCGGGAGAGGAUGGUGCAGAUGGGGGGGAGGCCGGUGCAGCAGCGACAGUGGUCGCAGCAGUGGCAGAGCCAUGGCUGAGGGAGUGCUUUGAGGGAGGGGCCCUCCACCUGUCAAAGAAGAGCCUGACAGAGCUGCCACGUGGCGUCAUGGCAUUGGCUGCUGGAGACAUCCCUCUGACGUCCGUCAAUGCUUCUAGCAACGCCAUCACCUCCGUGCCCUCGCACCUAUCAGAUUGCACCGCCCUCACUGAGCUAGACCUGUCAGUCAACAGGAUCACAUCCUGGCCGUCUCUCUGCCUGCGCUCGCUCCCAGCCCUGCGCACUCUCUCCCUCGCCAACAACCCCCUGGGACAGCUGCCCCUAUCAGCACCGGAGGACGUCCCAGCCCUGCUGCACCUGAACCUCUCCUCCUGCUGCUCCGCGCCCUCUUCGCCUCUGCUUGCACCAUCCUUCUCCCUGGCCGGCUUCUCCCGCCUCACAGAGCUGCACCUCAGGGGCAACCGCCUCACCACCUUUCCUCCAGGCUUUGACUCUCUCCCUUCCCUCCGAGCACUCAACCUCUCACAGAAUCAAAUCGAGUCCAUACCCCUUGCGAUAACCCAGCUGAGCCGCCUGGAGUCUCUCGAUGUGUCGGACAACAACAUUCCCAUGCUGCUCCCGCAGCUCGGGCUGCUGAAAACGCUCUCUCUCCUUCGAGUUGACGGCAACCCUAUUCGCACCAUCAGGUGGAGCAUCAUCAAUGGAGGCACCAAAGCUCUGCUGGCCUAUCUUGAAGACCGCAUCCCAGCUGAGGUCGCAUCCAUGCGCUCAUGACGUACCAGUAACAGCUUUUACUACCCAUGUACAAGCAUGGCAUACUUCACCAUCCAUAAACUUCUGGACCGCUCACAUUGAACUGGACGACCGACAAGGGCCGCACAUUGAUACACGCACAUAUGCAUCCACCAUUUCCUUGUCUUAUCAAACUAUAUCAUCACUUCACAAAUGCGACACAAGUUGGCAUGCAGUUGGUAUGGAACAUUUGAAUUACAUGGUUUCAUUGUGGCAUGGGCCACUCAAGUGUAAUGUCUAACUCACGUUCUCUACGUGAGGUGAAAGAAUGAGGAUGGUUAGGGAGAAAUCAACUAGGAGCAUGUGU